UGUCGCUCUCUCUCUCUCUCUCUCUUUGUCCGUUUUCUACUCAAGAUUUGAAGUCAACAGACGACGCCGUCUUCUUCUUCUUCAUCGUCUGCUUCCUGGGUUCGUCUAACGUCCAUUUCCUCCUCGUGAUCUAAAUUAUGCUCAAUAUUCUCCUCCACCCGCAUUUAUAGAUCUCCCCCUUCUGCCAGCUCCCAUUCGAGGCAGGCUUCUUCUUCUUCUUCCUCGCUUUUCUUAUGCCCAUUCUUUCUCCCAUCUGAAGACAGGAUGCGAGGGCUCCGAUUCCGGAGGUGGGGAGAAUAAGGGCGGGAAAUUUCAGGGCUGUCUGGGAUUGCGGCUGCGGCUUUCAUGGCGCCGCGGAUCCGGUGGAGGUUGGCGGCCACGGGGUUCCUCUCUUGCUCACCCUCUGCGGUCUCCUUUCUCCUCAGCUCCCUCCUCGCCUCCGGCAUCGUCGCCGUUGCGUUCUUCCUGUUCGUUGUCUCCUCCUCCCGCCGCCCCCCCGUUUUGGCUGUCGACGGGUGCGGGCCGGACAGCGAGGGUUCCUGGUCCAUCGGCGUGUUCUAUGGAAGCAGCCCCUUCUCGCUUUCCCCCAUCGAAUUGCACGGUAGCAACAAGUCCAACAAUUCGGCGUGGCCGAUUGCGAACCCUGUGCUAACAUGUGCGUCGCCGUCGAAUGCGGGGUAUCCAACCAAUUUCGUCGCUGAUCCAUUCCUCUAUGUUCAGGAUUCCAUUUUGUACUUGUUCUUUGAGUCAAAAAGUACCACUAUGAUGAAAGGUAAUAUAGGUGUGGCAAGAAGCUUUGACCAAGGUGGCACAUGGGAAUUUCUGGGCAUUGCUUUACGGGAGGACUGGCAUUUGUCUUACCCAUUUGUUUUCAGCUACCAGAACCAGAUCUAUAUGAUGCCUGAGGGGAACAGAAAAGGAGAUCUUCGACUUUAUCGAUCAGUAAACUUUCCACUUAAAUGGACACUGGAGAAGGUCCUCAUAAGGAAACCUCUAAUAGAUGCCUCAUUAAUCCAGUAUGAAGGAUACUAUUGGCUCUUUGCUUCAGAUUUUACUCGAUUUGGCAUUGAGAGGAAUGCGGAGCUUGAGGUGUGGUACAGCACCUCACCACUUGGCCCCUGGAAGCAACAUCCAAGGAAUCCUAUAUACCGAGCUGACAAAAGUUUGGGAGCUCGAAAUGGGGGAAGACCCUUUAUAUAUGAAGGUUCUUUGUAUCGCUUGGGUCAGGACUGUGGCCAGACAUAUGGCCGAAAAGUCCGAGUUUACAAAGUUGAAAAACUAAGCAAAGAGGAAUUCAAGGAGGUCCCUGUCGAGCUGGGGAUUGAAGAACCAAAGAAAGAUCGAAAUGCCUGGAAUGGCAUCAGAUACCACCACUUAGAUAUGCAGCAGCUCUCAUCAGGUAACUGGAUUGCAGUUAUGGAUGGGGACCGAGUCCCUUCGGGUGAUUCCACAAUGCGGUUUCUUCUGGGCUGCACAUUUACCCUGCUGCUCAUUUUACUGAUUAUGUUCAUAGGCUUCUUAGUUGGUGCGGUAAACUGUAAUUUUCCUCCAAACUGUUGCAUGACAUCUAGUAGGAGAAAUGAAACAUCUUGGCUCAGGAAUCACCCGUAUAUAAACUUGAGAGCCCGGAGAUACAUUUCAGGCAUGAGCAGAUAUGGAUCUUCCAUCAGGGAAAGAAUAAAUCUUAAAACAUGCUCUGGUAAGCUCAUUCUGAGCUUCCUUGCUCUUGUGGGCAUAGCUUUUGUGUGCAUGUCUGUGCAUUUUCUAUUGGGAGGCAAUGGUGCUGAAGAGGCCUACAUCUUUGGAGGUCAAUACUCUCAAUUUACAAUGGUUACAAUGACUUAUGAAGCCCGGCUUUGGAACUUGAAGCUUUAUGUCAAACACUAUUCCCGAUGUGAAUCUGUAAGAGAAAUACUAGUUGUUUGGAAUAAAGGAAACCCUCCGAAAGUGGAUGAGUUUGAUUCUGCUGUGCCUGUGAGGAUACGGGUGGAAGAGCAUAAUUCUCUCAACAACAGGUUCAAGGUGGACCCUCUGAUUAAGACCAGAGCAGUUCUUGAACUGGAUGAUGAUAUAAUGAUGACAUGCAAUGAUGUAGAGAAAGGGUUUAGGGUCUGGAGGGAGAACCCCGAAAGACUUGUCGGCUUCUAUCCACGACUGCUGGAUGGCAGCCCUCCGCAAUAUAGAAAUGAGAGAUAUGCUCGGGGGAAAAACGGUUACAAUGUAAUACUGACUGGUGCUGCUUUUAUGGACAGUGAAUAUGCUUUCAACAAAUAUUGGAGCGAGCAAGCGAGAGAAGGAAGAACCUUUGUCGACCGGUCUUUCAAUUGUGAAGACUUGCUGAUGAACUUUUUAUAUGCAAACGCAAGUUUGGGGAGGACAGUGGAAUAUGUUCAUCCUGCCUGGGCUAUUGAUACCUCUAAGCUGUCUACUGCUGCAAUUAGUCGUAACACCCAGGUGCACUACAACAUCAGAACCAGCUGCUUGUCCAAAUUCUCAGCUUUGUAUGGUCCUCUACCCUCGAAAUGGGAGUUUGCUAGUAGGCCAGAUGGUUGGGAUAGAUAGACAGUGGUGUUGAAGGGGAACAGAAGCAUACAUCCUUGAAUCUGUAAUGAUGUUUCUGAUAAUAGCCCAUGGCUAGAAUUAUGGGAAGUUUUUCUAUCAUGUUCUGGAAGCAAGAUUUUGUUAUUCAGACCAACCGUCGUGUACCAUUACUUGAGAUGAGCAACUAAUACCUGACCAAGGAUGGCCUUGCCAGGAGUUAACUAAACCAAGCUAGGCCUGUGAAAUAGCAUUUUGCAAACAGAUGUUAAGUUCUUCAGUGGAGUGAUCUUGUUUUGGCUAGCAGUGUUUGUAUUAUGGAUUAGUUGUAGAAAACUGUAAUCCAUUGAAGCAUUUGCUUGCAAUUUAUCAGUGAUUAUCUCA